AUGUUACGAGUUAUUUUGGUGUGCGCUUUAGUUUCGUCCGUGUAUUCCAAGGUUUUGUUACAGGAUUGUAAGUUAAUAUAGGUUGUGUUAGGACUUUAAAAAAGUUUUGUCGUCGAUUUACGUGUAAUUUGAUAGUUAAAAACGCCAAGACUUUUUGAGGCUUUACGAUAAAGAAUAUUUGUUUUAAAAGCUACUUAGAAUGAAAAGCCAAUUUUAACAAAUUGUCUAUGUUAAAAUGGCAAGAAAAGUCUUGUCGUCAAUUUGCGUCUAACCAAACAGUAAAAAACGACAAGGCUUUUAAAAGUUCAAACAAGAAAAAAAGUUGUUUUAAAAUUGAUAAAACGUAAAUUAAAAUUGACACUUAAAGACUCUAACUAUGUUAUAAUGUCCAAAAAAGUCUUGUAGUCGAUUUACAUGUUUUUCACUGCAAAAAACGACAAUACUUUUUUUAAUCUUCAAAUACAAAAAUUUAAAUCUCAAAAUUUGAAAACCAUCAAACUGUAUCCCAAAUGCUAUUUUAAAACUCCAUUUUCAGUCUUCAAAGGCGGCAAUGAGCUCUACUGCGACGACGAAGACCGCGAACACAACUAUAUGAACCUAGGCAUGGAGCCGGCCUGGUCACCAAACCCAAAAGUCGAAUGGGCAGUGUUGUGUUACGGUGCUACUGGUGAAGAUGACGAACUACCCCUGUCAUCACUCACUGAUAUCUAUUUGAAAUCCGCUAGGAAUCUGCGCGCCGCUGCCCCGAAGCUGACUGACGUCGAGUUCUGGAACUCGCAAACCUUUGAUGGAAGCAACUCGACCGAAGAUGAAGUGAGUCAAUCUUAAUAAGUUCAAGAACAGAAGUUUUAAAGCUUGAGGAACAUUUUUUUAGUUGAGUGCUUUUUGGUUGGAUUACUGUAACACACUGAAUUUUAAAUUUUUCUCCUGAAAGGCUCUAUUUAAAAAAAGUGUGCCAUUUCAAAACACAGGUGACCCCAAAAACUCAAAAAUUUGUACACAAUAGUAACAGAUCAAACAAAAUGUUUUUGUAAUUUACAACUUUUUGAUUGGAUUACUGUAACAUUUUGGAUUCUAAAGUUUGCUCCUGAAAGCCGGCUAUUUGAAAAAAAUGUGCCAUUUCAAAACAUAGGUAACCCCAAAACUCAAAACUUUGUACACAAUAGUUCUAGACCAUAAGGAACAUUUUUGUAGUUGACAACUUUUUGAUUGGAUUACUGUAACAUAGCGUACUAAAUCUUUUUCCUCAUAUUGUACUAGCUAGAGAUAAGACAUGAUUUCCAGUAGACCUCACCAUCCUCCCAGCCCCUCCAGCACCCGGCCCUGAAUACAAGACAACCUACAGUAACUAAACGUUUUGUUAAAAUGACUUAAAAUUAUAAAUUUUCAGAUAAUCGACCUCUUCCAACACCAAUAUUCUCGAGCCCUGGCCGAAGCCAAGCUGGUAACCAACUCAGCCCUAAAUCAAGGCUUUACCAUCACCAAAAUCGUGUCCCAAUUCCUGAUUCAAGUAAGAUGUGAUGGUCCCGACACGUCAGCACGUUGUAGAGAUCCGAUGAGCAUGCUUCAACGUGCUUACGACCGAGAAACCGCGAUUAUCGACCAUUUCGAGGCGUUUUUGAAGCAAAAACUGGAAAAUGGAGUUGAAUUCAACUUCUUUGCCACUUACUUGGUCAGGGUUAGACAACAACGAGUGUUCAGUGGGUUGUUGGGGUCUACUGUGAGACAGACUGAGGAAGACAUCAAUGGAUUUGGGCUUUUUAAGCAGGAUUUCUUUUAA